AUGCAUGGCGGACCUUAUUCAGCGGAUUUAAAUGCUUUUCGUACUGACUGGUUUUACAUUGCUGGAAUGAUGGCCACUGAAUGUUGGCUUGUAUUUCAACCUAACUAUCGAGGUUCAACAGGUAUAGCAGAUCAUUUGUGUCAUUAUGCGAUUGAUGAGGUUUAUUUUGUUUUGUAUACAGGUUAUGCUGAUGAGUUUCUCCAUGGGAUAUUAGACGUAUUAAUCUCCCGACCAGGAAAGGAUGCUCUGUUCGGUGUCGAUGCAUUAGUACAAGAUGGUAUUGCAGAUCCAGAGAGACUAGCCGUCGGUGGCUACAGCUAUGGUGGGCAUUUGACAAAUUGGUUGAUCGCUCAGACCACUCGUUUCAAUGCUGCUCUGACUGGUGCUGGUGCUGUUGAGCAUGUGAAUUCUUGGGGAUUAACUGAUUUGCCUUUGUAUAGGACUUACAAGUUAGGUGGGUUUCCAUGGCAAGUAUCCAAUCGUUAUCAACAGGAAUCUGCGAUAUUUCAAUUGGACAAAGUUCGAACACCAACGCAUAUAGUUGUGGGUGAAAAUGAUUAUCGAGUUCCAACUUCACAGGCUUAUUUAUUAAAGCAAUCACUUCAUGUUCUAGACAAUGAACAACAAGAAGAACUAAAACGAUGA